AUGUAUUCAACCCUUAACCGCGCCCAAGCGGUCUUCGGAUUCUUCACGACAGUCGCGCUCUUCGUCGCUGGUAUCGCCGCGCUUUCGGUGCUGCUGUAUCCGACAGAUGCGGCUUCGGCCAAGGUGCAGUUGAAGGACGCGAAGGUAACCAAAGGCCGUCCACACUACUACUCUACCAAGAAAGAAGAGUACGCGCAGCUGAAGUUUGACUUGGAUGCCGAUCUCUCCCCCCUCUUCAACUGGAACACAAAACAACUCUUCGUCUACGUCUACGCCACCUAUUCAUCAGCGGACACCGAAGCCUCAAAUGUACCAGCAACCCAAUCAAUAAUCUGGGACACUAUAAUCGAGGCCCCGGAGUCGCCCUACUCCUUCGCGAACCUGCGCGAGCGGUUCUUCCCCGCAAAGUCGGCGGCGGGUUCCAAGCGCAGCACCUCGGCUGCUGCAAACAAGAACAAGAACAAGAACCAGAAGAAGAGCAACUCCAAGGAACCUGCGGCGCCGGGCGUCCUCCGUCUCCGCGACCAGAAGAGCAAGUACCAGAUUAGUGAUAUCACAGGGCGGAUCGCGGAGCGCACGAACGUGACGCUUUCUGUUGGGUGGAAUGUGCAGCCGUGGGUUGGGGCGUUAUGGUGGGCGCCUGGGUCUGGGGCUGUGCCUAGGACUGGUGGGAGCAUUGUGGCGAGUAAGGCGUUUGAUUUACCGGCGUUGAAGGGGUUGAAGCCGAAGGGCGAGGGGGCAGCGUCUAUUUAG